CCCGUAUCGGUCCGUUGUUAUGGAAACUGCCCGCCUGACACCUAUUACGCAAGGGCAGAUGCCUUUUAAAGUGGACGUUUGUGUAGAAAGAAAGCCAUUUCCUGUCGUAGUCUUAAUAUAUAAUGCACGGAGAAUUGAUGGACCCUACAGAGAUCUUGAUCAACGAAGUGAAGAAACAUCCAUGCUUGUAUGAGCCAGCCCACAAGGACUUCAAAAACAAUUUCCAGAGAGGUGAAACUUGGAAACUUAUAGCCGAGAUGUUAGGUCAAGACUGAUAUAACGUCCUCCCCCUAUAAUGGCUAUGGUGUUACUUCUACGCAUUCCUUCAUCUAUGGAAAGGAGCUGACAGUUGUCACACAUGACAGCGCUCAUAGAACGACAACUAGAGAAACUUGUGACACAGUUGUGAGUUGUGAUUGGUUGUGAUCGUGAUCGUUGUGAUGUCAACUUGUCAACACGUGCAGUGCUGCAAGGUUUUAUAGGUUAGGUUUGAGUGAUAUAAUUUUGAAUUAAAGUUUUUCAAAAUAUGGGAACUAAUACAAAGAUCACGAAAAGAAAAAGUGAUUUAGGGCUCAAAGGAUCUCCUCCUAAAAAACAAAAGAAAGAGUUUGGCAGCGGUCUCCAAAAAUCUGUCCAGAAAACGAAGUUGAAUAAGGGAGCGACUGGUGAAAAACAAAACGAUAAAUUCAAAAACACUUCGAAUGGCGAACCAAAUGAAAGGAACCACAAGGAUCAAAUUCGUAAAUCUAAAUUCACCAAAACUAACAAAAAAGGACCUCCUGUAAACUUGAAACAGGCCAAAGCGAAAAAACUGUUGCCCAAAGGUAAAAUCCAGAAAGCUGAAAAAAUCGAAGAUUGGAACGCAUUUAAGAAACAGAAAAGAGAACUGAAACUGAAAAGAAAACAGUCAAAAGAUGGAUUUGACAUAAUAGUAAGAGCAAAACAAAUUGGUGAAGAGUUGAGGCGAAGGAUUUUAAAAGGAGGAGAACAAAAAAGAGUACAAUUAAUAAAUGAACUGCAUAGCUUACUCAAAGGGAAAGGACAUUAUGCUAAGUUUGUUUUGGCACAUGAUACUGCAAGAAUUGUACAAUGGCUAUUGAAGUAUGCUUCAAAUAUUGUCAUUCAACAAAUCUCCAAGGAACUAAUUCCUGGGACAGUAAACAUGUUACAGUCUAAAUAUGGUGUUUUUUGUGUAAAAAGGUUGUUGAAAUAUGGAACGACUGAAGUUAGAUCACAAACUAUAAAUGCUAUGCUUGGCCAUGCUGUAAAACUCACAAGCCAUGCAGUCAGUGCUCCUGUUGUAGAAUAUGUCUUUUCUACCUGGGCUACUCCAACACAAAAACAGUAUCUAGUGCAAGAAUUCUAUGGAGAUCUGUAUAAAAAUUCUAAGGACAAUAAUGUGAAACACAUACGAGAUGUGUAUAAGACAGAUGAGAGUUUAAAAGCUGCAACUUUAGGAGCAGUAAAAACCAAUUUAACAAAAAUACUAAAUAAGUCAUUAUUAGAUUCUGGAAUUGUGCAAACAGUACUAUCACAAUACUUAACUGAAUGUUCAGAAGAUGACAAGAAAGAAAUGAUUGCACAGUUGGUACCACAUAUUGUUGUCAUAAGUAAUAGUAAAGAUGGAGCUAAAUCUGCCAUGCAAUGUAUAUGGCAUGGAAGUAAUAAGGAUAGAAAGGUAGUAAUGAAAACUCUGAAAGAACAUCUGAUAGAUCUCUCUAAACAUGAACAUGGUCAUGCCACUGUUAUUUGUUUGCUAGACUCUAUAGAUGAUACUGUGUUGCUUCAUAAAAUCAUACUUUCUGAGCUCUUAACAAGUGUGAAAGAUCUGGCUCUUAGUGAAUGGGGAAGAAAGGUUCUAUUAUGGUUGGUGGCACCAGCAGAUACAACUUAUUUCCAUCCAAUUUUUGUAAAAGAAUUGACAGAAGGUAGAGAGGCAUCAUCAUGCAAAAAAUCCGCAGAAAAUCGACGCAAAGAGAUCCUUCAGUAUUCCUUGACUACUUUGUUGGAUAUGGUAUCAGAAGAUGCCGAAUUUUGGCUGUCAAAUGCCUCUUUAGCAACAGAAAUGAAUGCCAUCAUCAAAGCAGGUUCUGGUGAAGAAUUGCAGAAUGCUUAUAAAAGCCUGGUAGAAGUGAUUAUCAAACCUGAAUGGAAAAUCAAAGAAAGUGAAAACAAAGAAAUUUUGGGCGUAGAGCAUGCUGGUAUACAUAUGAUAUUGAAAAAGAUCACACAGCAUGAUAAGUCUAAUUCCACAAGUUGUGAUUCUACGUUUGGUUAUAUUCUCUCAGAAAAACUGAAUAGUGAAAUAUUGUCCACCUGGUUAAAUUCAAAUAGAGGAUGCUUUUUCAUAGUUGCAGUUUUUGAAAAUGGUUCUGAAGAGACUCAAAAACAGCUCAGAAGCAAACUGAAGAAACAUGUGAAACUUUUGAAGACCCUAGAGACGCCAGGUGCUAAAGUGUUGGUGAAAAUUCUAGGCUGUACAUAAAUAAGGUUAUGUAAUUAUAUUUUGAAGAUAUUUUGGC